UCAAUAAUAUUUUGUUGGGGGAAUUUCAUUAUCUUCUUCGUUGUUAUUGUUUGUUGCUGUCCAAACUUUUCGCGUCAUCAAUAAUAUUUUGUUUUGUGGGGCUAGUAAUUUCAUUAUCUUCUUCGUUGUCAAUACAAAACCCAAUAUUUAAAGUGGGCAUUUAACAGAAAAGUGCUAAAAAGAUAUGGCCAUAGAAGAGCAGUAAUAGUAAUAGAUUUCGGUUUGCUUUGUGUUUUGUUUUUAUCGUUUUUUUAACCCAAACUUUGUGGAGGAGUUCCCUAAAACCUGGAAUAUGGUACUUUGCUGUCCCUGUGUCCAGCAUAAUGGCUAUCAACAGAUCAAUUCAACACAAGGUCCCCGAUUUGGUGUGCGUCAUAUUCAAUGUAUUCUGGCAUUCUGUGGCUUGGCCGUAGCCUAUGCAUUGCGAGUAAAUCUUUCCGUGGCCAUUGUGGCAAUGACUGAUAAAAAUGCCACAAAUCCUGACUUUGAGGAAUUCGAUUGGGAUGAAGGUGUGAAAUCGUAUCUCUUGAGUAGCUUCUUUUGGGGCUAUGUUGUAACACAAGUUCCUGGCGGUUAUCUAUCGCAUAAAUAUGGUGCUAAAUUUACAUUUUUCUUUGGUGUGCUAUUCUGUUCGAUUUUGGCAAUUCUCACACCAUUUGCUGCAGAAAUUGGCGAUUGGCCGCUACUCUUGGCUCUACGUUCGGUUCAAGGUCUUUGCCAGGGAAUGAUUUUCCCCUCAACGCAUACUUUUCUCUCCAAAUGGGCACCAGCCGAAGAACGUGGCCGUUUGGUCAGCUAUUGCUAUUCAGGAGCUCAAUUCGGUACGGUUAUAAUGCUGUCGGUUAGUGGUUUUAUUGCAUCAUCAUGGAUGGGUUGGCCCAGCAUUUUUUAUGUGUCCGGUUUGGCUGGCUUGGUGUGGUGUUUAGUAUGGUAUUAUUACAGUUCCAGUACACCGGCAGAUCACCCUAGCAUAACACCACAAGAAAAACGUUAUAUUGAAAGUUCCAGUCAAGGCCGACGGCCAUCGGAUGCAGGCCGCAUUGAGGUGGCCAAUAUGAAAACGCCUUGGUGUAAAAUAUUAUCCUCCUUCCCGUUUUGGACUUUGUUAAUUGUCCACUGUGCCAAUAACUGGGGCUUCUGGACUUUACUAACGGAAAUACCAACAUUUUUGAAAAAUAUUCUCGGUUUGGAUAUACGUCACAAUGGACCUCUAUCUGCUCUACCAUAUUUGGCCAUGACAUUGUUAUCAUAUGGUUUCAUUUUUAUAGCGGACAUUAUGAAUCGUAACAGUGUUAUGCCUUUAGCCUUUUCACGAAAACUCUUCAACACCCUGGGAAUGUGGAUACCCAUGACAGCUUUGAUUGGUUUGGGUUAUAUUACAACCGGUGAGAGUACAGCCUUGGCCAUAGCUCUACUGACAUUGGCGGUUGGAUCAAAUGCUGCCACGUAUUUGGGUUUCCAAGUAAACCACAUUGAUUUAUCGCCAAACUUUGCUGGAACUUUAAUGGGCAUUACAAACUGCGCUGCGAAUUUUAUGAGUAUUAUUGCCCCACUCACAGUGGGAUUAAUUGUUACAGAUGAGACCAACCCCUUGCAAUGGCGUAUUGUAUUCUAUAUUACUGCUGCAUUUUAUUUCUUUGGAAAUUUGUUAUUUAUCAUAUUUGGUCGUACCUCACCCAGAGCUUGGAAUUUCCCCCAGCCAUUGAGUCGCCCCAGUUCUCGUCGACCUUCUGUGGAUGUGGAUGUUCAACCCUCGGAAACAGAUCCCUUACAACCAAGCUCUACCUAGAACAGUGGUAGAGUUGUGUGCUACUAAGUUAAUGUUUUUGAAUUUAUCAUAUGAUUUCCUACAUAUAUGUAUGUGUAUGUUUAUAUGACUCUCUGUCCCCAAAUGCUUUUAAAGAAACAUAAAUAACUUAUAUAAUUAUAUAGCUAUAUAUACAUUAUUAUUUAUCCAUUCAAUGUACAUAUGUAUUCUACAUAAUAUGCCUAGCAUUAUUUUUGAUGCUUAAAAAUUUUUAUUUUUACGAAUAACUUAACUGAAUGUGAAUUGUUAUCUCAAUGAUGUGAAACUUAACGCGUACAACAAUUAAAUACAUUUUUAAUGUGAUUUUAUGAUAUAAUUACAAUGAAUAUACAAAUAAAAUGCAAAUGUGAAUUAAAUUCACACGAAACAUGACAAUUUUAACAA